UUUAUGUGCAGGGACGAAUAAGUAAAGUACAAAUAGAGGGAGAGUGGGUCAAUAUUAUUUUUCUAUUUUAAGAUCACAGGCAGUCGGGACAUGUAAAAACAUUAAAUUUGUAAAACAUUGUCUGCGCAACUAAAGAAUUUGUAUUGACUCUGUCUCUGACGCAGUUUUUGUUGAUCUUGGUUUUUGUUUAGUGUCAAUCUCAGCUUCACAACUUUUUUUCCAUCUCAGUAGUAAGAGAAGGGAACUCUGAAGGGCACGAGAAGAAUUCGAGGUACACUCCCGAAGACCGUGAGAUCAUCUCGAACACGCUGCCCGCGCGCCCUGUGGCACGUAAAACCGCCUGUUCUUCGUCUUCAUUGUGUUUAUCUCGUUUCACUUUUGGCCGAAAGGAAGUGUAAAUCACUGCCACCUCGCUUUCAGCGUGCAAGUGUGCGGCAGAAACCCAGACUGUAUAUUUUUGUAUCCAGAGGCAAGGCACAUAGAAGAGACCAUGCACACACCCUGGCUAUCUUUAAUCACCUUAUGGUUGGUGAUGCCAAACGCACUUCGGUCCCAGUCAGUUCCUUACGACGUUGGUCAGACUGAAAUCAUCCUCCCUAUUGAUGCCUCCACCAGCGUGAAAGGAACGCGCUCGAGCGUGCUAGGCGAUUCGGUGGAUUCUUUUUUGGGUAUCCCCUUCGCUCAACCACCAGUUGGUGACAUGCGCUACAAACGCCCAGUGCCCUAUACCGGCCCUUCCUGGACGGGAGAAUUUGACGCAACUAGACAGCCCAACUCUUGUCCACAAACCUUAGACAACGAAUUUGGCCGUCACCCCGGAGUGGAGAUGUGGAACGCAAACACCAAGCUGGACGAGGACUGUCUGUAUCUGAACAUUUGGGUCCCUUUUCCUAAAAGUUCUGAGAAAUUCGCGGUAAUGAUCUGGAUAUAUGGCGGUAGCUUCAUGACGGGCACAAGCACCUUGGCUGUCUAUGAUGGUCGCACACUCGCUGCAAAAACUAAGGUGAUCGUUGUAUCUCUGCAGUAUAGGUUAGGUCCCCUUGGCUUUGCUUAUCUUGGGACCGAUGACAUUCCCGGUAACGUUGGCUUACUGGACCAGCAAGCUGCUAUACAGUGGGUGUACAACAACAUAGAGCAUUUUGGUGGAGACAAAGAUAGAAUCACUCUCUUCGGUGAAAGUGCUGGGUCGGUGAGUGUGUCAUAUCAUAUGCUGUCACAAAAAAGCUGGCCUUACUUCAACAGAGCGAUAUUGCAAAGUGGUUCCGCUUCUGCCACAUGGGCCUACCAAUCUCCCGAUGUGGCAAAACGAAAGACCAUCAAAUUUGCCGAAAUAGUUGGAUGCAAAACAAAAGGAGUUACACUUGAAGCAAUCUCAAAAUGUUUAAUAAGCAAAGAUAAAACAGAUAUUGUUAAUCACCAAUGGGAUUUGGUCAACAUGUAUUUCGACGUUCCUAUGGCUCCAACACUGGAUGGUUAUUUUAUUAAUGAACCUCCCAUGGAAUCGAUAAAGAAGAAAAAGAUCAAAAAUGCGGAUCUCUUGGCCGGAGGGAAUCGGGAUGAAGGGAUGUAUUUCCUACUAUAUGGCUUGCCAAAAUAUUUCAAUUUAAAGAACGAAAACCCUUUAAACCGAGAGGAAUUUCUACGAGUGCUGGACAGAGUUGCUCCUACCAACGUGACUUUAGUACACGAAGCCGUUGUUUUUCAAUAUGAAAAGUCUGUCGCGCAACAUAGUUCCAAUAAAUAUAGGGACAUUCUUGAUGAUAUUGCAGGGGACACCAAUUUUGUCUGUCCGACUGUCGAUUUUGUUCAAGCGGCAUACAGAGACGAAAAGCAAACUUUCAUGUAUCAUUUUAAACACCGUAGUAAUAACAAUCCGUGGCCGGAGUGGAUGGGAGUUUUACAUGGAUACGAAAUAGAAUUUGUGUUUGGAGACCCAUUGAACAAAUCGCUGAACUACACGGCAGAAGAUCUAGAUAUAAGCCGACGAAUGAUGGUGUAUUGGAGCAAUUUUGCAAAAUCUGGGAAUCCUAACAGAGGAGAAUCUGUCUCUAAAGAAUGGCCUAGGUAUACUCCCUCCAAAAGAGAAUAUUUUGUGCUGGACACCACGCCAGGAAGAACAGAGUACGGACUGCGCCACCGUUAUUGCUCUUUUUGGAAAGAAUUAGUACCCGAAAUGUAUUCAUAUGCAGAGCGAGUUAGAGGGGUAUGUGGUAUCUCCGGUGGUGUGUUUCAUUCCAGUUCUGAUUAUUUACUGAUGAUGACUGCCAUUGCCUGUGUUCUGUUGUACGGUUUUCGUUAAUUCUCUGUUUUUAGUUCUCUCAUUUUGCUAGUUAUACAUAGGACCUGUUUCUUUGAUUAGCGUUACCGUUAUUAUUAGUGUAAUGAAACGGUAUCUACAGUGAUACAACAUAUAGCUAUUUGCCGAACAAGUAUUAAUUCAUGAGUAAGAGAAAACAGGUUAUUCCCUGUAUCUGAGUAAUGAUGAAAAGAUGCCAAGGCUCGAGCGGUAUACUUAAGUGAUGCAGUCUGUAUCGGUACACUUAAAGAGAUUGACAACUUAAUAGCCUCAAGCUAUUUUAUUAGAGAGUCACAUAAAUGAAGCCACCGCUCUCGACUCGUCCAAUGUAUGAAACUAAACAACAGGAAGCGAACUUGUGAAGGAAUUAUAAAAGGGAGCCAAAACCCGUAAGUGUAUUUACAUGGUGGGGACUUCUUAACGUACACUGGCACUGCCUGUACCGCUAAAAUAUACCGCUCGAUGUGAAAAAGGCCUAUUUCGAAGUCACUCUUGGUCGGAUCUUGAAAGUAUACAUUGGUUGGGUGGCUUAGACUGCAUUCCCAUAGACACAUCGGAUCGACCAACUCUGCGGGGAUUCUCGCUAAGUGCAAUCAGCAGAUUCAGCUUAAUUGUCUUCCACGCCUCCUCGAGCAGCUAGGGAGUAAUUAAGUCAAGCGUUUAAGUAGUUUAAUUGCACUCUAGGUGCUGGGGGAGGUGUGUCAUUUAGUUAAACUGAUUGCACUUAACGAGAGCCCCUGCAGAGUUGGAUCGAUCCUCCUAGGCCGUUGUGUCUAUCGGAAUGAUCCCCUUGUGGGUGUUAACAACGUGUGAUUCGAGACAGAACCAUUUCAAUUUACCUCUAUGACGAAUUGUCAAACCUGCAGAUAUAUAAUGAUGGAUGGAUUAAAUGCAUUGUUAUUAGUUUAUGGCGGCAUGUAGGCCUAUAAUUGCUUUUGAUAAUCAAAAGCCGUGAUCAGAUGUUUUUCAAUUGCCAUUAUAUGCAGAUUUUUUCAAAAAUAGUGAAAAGAAUAUUUUUCUGGUGCAGCAUGUGUUCAAUCAAAUCUCAUGCCCUUCUUUUAGAAGAAAAAGCAGAAAAGUCCGUAUUUUCCUGUCCAUCCCAGAAAAAAGAUAUAUACUCAACAAGAAGUUAUACUUAUUUCAGAUACAAGCAUCUCGCAGUAUGAACUGUCAGAUAAUUGAACCUAUUUUGCAAUCGACAUAUUUCAUUUGGCAGAUUCUGGAAUGGGGUUUGAAAGGUUCAUCUUAACUCCUAGGUGUCGUAAUUACUUCACUGCCAACUGAUCGAGGUUCAGUGCCGUGAGCUAGGCACUGAUGAGGCCCUCCUGUGCAGAAAAUUUUCUUCUGUUAUCCUUAUUUCCCACAAUCAAACUUAAAGCCCUCGGCGUAUUUUUACGACAUUUAAGUUGCCUGUUAGAUGGAAGGGGGGGGGGGGCGUAUUAUGUUCUGUGUAUAAUGUACAGGUCUAGCAGUGGCGAGCCCAUGAAAUGUACUAGGGUGUAUCAAAUCUAGAAUUAGUUUUAGGAUUGCAAGAGUUGAUGUUGCCAAAGCCUUUAUGGGUCUGCCUCCAUAUGCCGAUGGCUUUGGCGGGGCAUCUCCUUAAAUCGUACUUGUUUUGAAAUAGAACCAUGAUUGCCAAUCAUUCAAUACUAUAGCAUUCUCGUUGCAUUAGUUAAAUUUGUUUUAAGUUAAUAUGCCACGUUUGCAUAUU